GCCGAGAUGAGCAGCAGCACGGCCGCCAUGGCUACUUCCUCCAUACUGCUCAUCUUCCUCCUCGCCGGCCUUUCCGCCGCCGACGCCAACACCAUCCGUCUCCCCAGCGACGGCGGUACACCGCCACGGCCAGCGAAACCAUGGGACUGCUGCGACAACGCCGAGCAGUCGCCGUUCGAGGUCUUCCCCCCGCUGUUCCGCUGCAACGACGAGGUCCAGCAGUGCGCCGCCGCCUGCAAGGAGUGCGUGGAGGCCCCCGGCGACUUCCCCCGCGGCGCCUUCGUCUGCCGCGACUGGUACGCGACGGAGGACCCCGGCCCAACGUGCGCGCCGGCGCCGGGCAAGCCCACGAAGAAGAGGCCGUGGAAGUGCUGCGACAACGUCGUGCAGCUGCCGGAGAAGAUCUCGCCGCCGUUCUGGCGCUGCAACGACGAGCUGGAGCCCAGCCAGUGCACGGCCGCGUGCAAGGUGUGCCAGGAGGCGCCGAGACCUUUCCCGGGGCCGCUGAUCUGCGAGGACGUGUACUGGGGCGCGGACCCGGGGCCGUUGUGCACGCAGAGGCCAUGGGGGAAAUGCUGCGACAAUGCCGCCUGCACCAAGUCGAUCCCUCCGAUCUGCCGCUGCGCCGACGAGGUCGCCUCGUGCGCCGCCGCCUGCAAGGACUGCCGGCCGGUGAAGUCGUCGAAGCCGCCUCGCUACGUGUGCAAAGACCAGUUCACCGGCCAGCCAGGGCCCAAGUGCAAACGCUAACUGAUCGAUCCAUUUCAGUUUCGUCCAGAAUUAAUAAAACGCAGCAGCUGAUCGUUC